GGGACGGGGCUGGGAGAGCCGUGGCCGCCCGGCCCUUCUCGCGCGCGCCCCACGGGCUUUGUAGGGUCCGGCGAGAGGAGGAGGAGGUGCAAAAUCUGGAGCGUCUUUUGUGUUUUGCUUUAAGAAGAGCCGACAUGGCGCCGAAACCUCUCUUCUGCGCCCCCCCCACAACUCCUUUCGAAGGCAAAAAGUCAAAAACGCUCAAAGCGGGGUUUCCCCCCCCCAAUCAGGCACUCGGUUAGCCACCUAUGGCCUUCCGCGGCGAUGGAGGUGCCCGCCGGCAGGGGGCGCGCAGGGUCCUUUCUCGGCUGUGGCGUUUUCGGGCGGCCGUUCGGUGACGUCAUCGGAGCGCGCGGGCGGCGCCUGCCGGAGCGAAGAGCCGCGCGGGGAUGGUGGAGGCGCUGCUCUCGGGGGCCGCCGAGGGGCUCAUCCUGAUCCGGGAUUCCGUUGCUUGCGAAGGGCGCCCCCUGCUGAAGAGCUUCGUCGUGGCUGCCGCCCAGCGGGUAGAGUCCAUCCACGUUCUCAGCUUUGAGCUGCCAGAAUUGGAAUUCAAGGCUGGGCUGAGCUCUGAAGUGACCUCCCGGAUCUUGUUCCACGAUGCUUUCCCAGAUCCCCUGGGCUGGUCCGGGAGGGGGAGCGCCUUGACCCUGGGAGAAUUCUCCGCUUCGCAAUUGGCCUCCCGCCUGGCCGCAGCCUCCCCGGGAUCUGCCACGGUGGUGCUGGACUCCCUCAGCUGGCUGCUCCUCCGUCUUCCCUUCCCCUCCGUCUGCCAGGUGUUGGCACAGCUGCCCAGGAGAGCCAGUGCUGCUGGGCUGAACGUUGUCCGGAUGGUGGCCCUCGUCCACGAGGAUUUGCACCCGCCCGCCCAGCUGGAGGUGCUGAAGACGCUGGCCCGCCUGGCGGUGAUGCUGCAGCCAGGACCGGAGAGCGGGCGAGGCGGGGAGGGGACCCCCCAAACGGCUGUCGUCCUCCACAGGAAGAGGGGGGGCAGGUUUCUGCAGAAGACACAACUCUUCAGCGUCCUCCCGGGGUUUGUGUUCAAAUUCCUUGGCGAGCUGCCACCUAAAGGCGUUUCCAGAGAGGAGGAUGCGGAGGAAGGACGGGAACCAGCCGCGGUUGAUCCGACAGCCCGCCUGACCUUCAACCUGCACCUCACGGAGGCCGAGCGCCAGGCCAGGGAAUCGGUGCCUCUCCCGUACCACUUCAGCGAGGAAAAGAAAUCCUCACUGCUGCAGACCUCGACAGAGGAAGCCAAGAUCUACUAUCAACCCGAUGCCGCCGAUGACUUUGACGACGAAGAUCCAGACGACGAUUUAGACGUGUGAAGGAGAAAUGGCUUGUUUUUCCAGAUCUGGAACCGGAACCUUUUUACGUCUAUCUGGACCGCUCUUUUUCUUUUGCAACUUGGGAACGAUGGCGGACAGAAGCAAUCCACUGCCGGGAACGGUCUGGCAGGACAAAGCGGAACCUGGGGCCAUCCGAACAGGAUAAACACAGUCCAGAUUUGCUUCCCCUGGGAAAGGACACGGAUAAGAAAUGGCCUUCAGGAAAUCGGUUUGGAAUCCGGAUAAGAAGCCUUUGCUGAAGGUGAUGAGGACAGUGAAAAGCGAUUUGGCGUCCCCCCUGUCCUUUUUUGGGAGCGAUUCGUAGCCAGUAAACUAUUUUGAGUGCCAAUAUGACCGGCUCUGUGGCUUUUAACGCAAUAAACGAUCACAGUAUUUGCCACUAUUA